AUGACGGAUUCUGUCAUCUACGAUUUCCUCAAACAAACGGUGGAUCAGCAGCUGCUCCAGCUCCCGGCUUCUUCUUCAACGACGACGUCCAUAAAGGAAAAGGUGUUUUCAUGUCAGUACUGUAUGCGUAAGUUCACUACUUCACAGGCUCUCGGAGGUCACCAGAAUGCACACAAGAGAGAGAGAGCCGCUGCUCGUCAACGUCAAGCCUCCAUCACACCCCACCAAACUCUCCAGUUCAUCAACUUCAACGAUGACCACCACCGUCACCUCAUCAUCCCCACUACUCCUCAUCAAGAUCAUCAUCAAUCCAUUAAUUAUAAACCCAUCAUUAAUCCCACCACCACCACCUCCUUCAAAUGGUUCGACCCCUUACUAGAUCAAGAUUCCAGUAUCCCCCAUUCACCUGCUGCCAUAACAAUGUAUAGCGUCGCGGCCAGCUCUACUGAUCAUCACCGCUCUAUCUCUCCGGCCCCUAAGUAUCAUCAUGACCACAUAAACCUUGAUCUAACUCUCCACCUAUGA